AUGUCUGAUUCUGAAGGUGACAUCUCUGACGAGCUCCUUGAACUGGCCGGUGCUACAGAGAAGAAGCGCCGAAAACGUCAAGCGCAAGGACCGGGUCCCAAACGUCGCAGGGCUGAAAUGUCGGACGAUGCGUCGGACGCAGAUCAAACAGAGAGCGCAGGCGAGGAAGAGCAGGAUCCUUACCCGCUGGAAGGCAAAUAUGCGGAUGAAGCCGACAGGCAACGACUCUUGGAAAUGUCCGAGAUCGAGCGAGAGGAUAUCCUGGCGCAGCGGCAAGAGGAGAUGCAGCGGAUACAAGACAAGCGUAACCUUGAACAGAUGUUGAAGGCUCAGAGCGGCCACGGGGAUGAUAGCGUGUCCAAAGCGGCCAAACGUCAACACGCCGUUCGUGGCGCCACGAAGGAGAAGACUCGCAAGCUAGACGAACUGAAGGCCAGGCGGAAAGAGAAGGACGAGAAGAAACGCACACGGACCAGCUCUCCGAGGCGUGCACGGUCUUCCUCGCCCGCUGAUAUGGACAUCUCGGACGACGAGGAAGAGGAUGGUCAGAUCAGCAAGUUGGAGGAGGAGGAAGAGAGGGACCGCAGACUCUAUGACAAGCUGCAUCCCGAGAAGGAUAAGCUUGAGGACGACAGCAUUUCGCUGGAGGAUCUAGAGAAAGUUCGGCUUUCUCGAGACAUGUUGGCGCGUCUUUCCGCAACGCCGUGGUUCGAGGAAACUGUCAAAGGAGCAUGGGUCAGAUACCUGAACGGCUCGAAGGACGGUCAGCCAACAUAUCGCAUGUUUGAGGUCGUUGGUGAGUGGUUCAGGUUAUAUCUCCUUGGCCUGCCUAGAUUGCGGCCAGGUGUGCACAAGGACGGCCGACAUUACGACUUCAAUGGCCGGAAGAUUACCACACACCUCGGCCUGCGAUAUGCCCUCAGUGACCGCCCAUUCCCAAUGGACAGAAUAUCCAAUUCGACCUUUACUGAGGCAGACUUCGAUGAGUGGAAGAGUUUGGCAAAAGACAAGCAGUCCUUCCCAACGAAGCGUGAACUCCGCGAGAAGGGCGCACAGAUUGUCAAGAGCGCUUCUAGAGAUAUCACAGAGAGCGAUAUCAACGCAAUGCUCGCUCGGAACCUGCAAGACAAGUCGACGGGCGCUCUGUUGGCCGCCGAGCACUCGCGUCUGAAGCAAAUACGCAUGCUCGCCACGCGCCGGCAAGACUGGAAAGAGGUCGAGCAGCUCGAUAAGCAGAUCGCGGAUGUCGAGGCGAAGAUGCCCAAGAAGGAGGAAGACAAGGAGAAGAAGGAGCCUACCCGCGAAGAGCUCCUCGCGGAGGUCAACCGGCGGAACCGCCUCGCGAACAUGGAGGCUAUCCGUCAAGCGGAGCUGCGCGAGACGGAACGCAAGCGGCGUGAACGCAAGCUCCUUGUUGCGUCCGCGGCCGGCACGCCCCGCUCGGCAACGCCGAAGACUGGAUUGAAACCGUUUAGCCCAAGGUCUGUACCGUCUCUGCUUGCCUCUUCGUGUCGUUCUGUGAUCUGCGUGUGCGAAUGGGCGUUGACGGCGUCUUGGUUUGGGCUCGCAUUCUCGGCGGCAACAUUAGGCCAGGGACACCGGCGGCUCCGGGUCUGGCGGAUGGCACGCGUCCCCAUUACCAUCCUCUGCAGCCCGACCGCCCCCUCAACGAACUUUGAAGCGUCCAUUAUCCAGUCUGUGGAAAUCGACCUCGGGGACUUCUAG